AUGCAGGAUCUGAGCACCGGCUACCUCCCUCCCUUCCCUGGACUCUCCCUCGACGCGGGCGCCCUCGCCGUCGACCACGCCGGGGAUGCUGCCGCCGCCGCCUCGGCCGAUGCGGCGCCCGCGUACGCGUCUUCGUCCGCCACUGUGGGCGGCGCCGGCGACGACCUCAUUAUCCCAGCGGAAUGCCGGUGGAGGGGCCGUGUCCGCACCUUCGACAUGGCGGGCGCGGGCGAGGGCGCUGUGACCGCUUGCCCCGCCGCGCGGCGCGGCGGUGGGAAGAACCUGUCCUUGAUUCCGUCACCCGAGCCGGCGCGGACGCAGGCUUCAGCAUCGGCUCCGACGCUCGAGGAACGCGUGAGCGAGUGGGCGGCUAAGAAGGCAGCGGCCGGUGUUCCGGCUCACCACUGCGUGCUGCCUUUCCUCACCGGGGCGCCAAGGGCGGUCGAAUGCCGUUUAUGCUCCAAGAUUAUUUAUGCUGGAGAAGAAAUAAAAUGUUCAGUUAAGAAAUGUCCACUGAUGUUCCAUCUCAACUGUGUUGUGAAAGAUACUUCAAACUUCACCGCUGAAAGCUUCAGGUGCCCUCAACAUGGUUGUAUGAUUUGUAAGCAAAAGAUGUUCUUUUGGUGCUGCGGACGUUGUACAGUUGCAGCACAUACGAAAUGUGCACCAUGGCCAGUGGUUCAUCUAAAAGAUAAUCAAGGAAGUGCAAUUUGCUGGAGGCAUAAUUCUGAUUGGCUGCUGCAAAAUGAGAAUGCUGACUUUACCAACAGUAUAGAGGAAGUGUUCUGCCGGCUACCUCUUCCAUAUGUUAACGAAGACUUAAAUAUUGAGUCAACCAUUGAGGAAUAUGCUGAGGCUGUUUACAAGCCACCCCCCUAUACAUCUAUCAGGCGGAAUGUAUAUCUGAUAAAAAAGAAGCGCACUGGUGUUCGUGUGGAUAUUGGGUGCACAAACUGCAGGGCUGAUUCUACUUGCAAAGAAGACUGUGAAUGCAGGGGUCUUUCUACGAGUUGUUCCAAGAAUUGUCGCUGCUCAGAUCUAUGUAAAAACAGGCCAUUCCGCAAGGAUAAGAAAAUUAAAAUUGUGAAGACAAAGCGAUGUGGAUGGGGUGCUGUUGCGUUGGAGCCAUUGGAGAGAGGUGAUUUUGUAAUCGAGUAUGUUGGUGAAGUCAUUGAUGACGCGACAUGUGAACAAAGGCUUUGGGAUAUAAGAGAUCGUGGUGACAAAAACUUCUACAUGUGCCAAAUCAGCAAAGAUUUUACAAUAGAUGCGUCAUUUAAAGGAAACAUAUCACGUUUCCUAAACCACAGCUAUGAGGCCAACUGUAGACUCGAAAAAUGGCUGGUUGACGGUGAGACAAGAGUUGGUAUCUUUGCCUCUCAUUCCAUCAAAGUUGGAGAGCCCUUAACUUAUGACUGCAGGUUUUUUCAUUUUGGAGACAAAGUGAAGUACCAUUGCGAGGCAUUAAACUUCCAGGGAUACCUGGGCAACCAAAUAAAGAACCCAGCUCAGAACGCUCUUGCAACUGCAGCACAAGGGAAGUUGCGUGAAUGUUCUCCCACAGAACAAGGCAGUUCUGCUCCAAGAUUGAAGCCAAUAAAUCAUUUGUUACCCUCGACCAACUGUAUUGAGGUCUCUUUGAACCUGAGAAGCAAAAGAAACAUAAACCGGCUAUGCUGGGCUGACAAGAGAAAGAGAACAUCCCUCAUGGCAUCUCCAGCAAGCAUGCGAACAUCGGUGAGUGAAGGUCAUGCUGCGGAUAUCUGA